AUCCUAAAAAUUGUUGAAAAGUAUCUAAGACCAGGGGAAAUUUUCCAGCUAAGGCUUAGGCUACAGCUGCUGCCUCUGCCAGCGUCGCUGCCGCAGCCGCUGUCGCUGUCGCUGUUUGAGAUAAAGGAUAUGCCCGGAUCUAAAAGAUACAGUUUUUCUUCUUGUUCCUUUUUUCCGCUGCUGCUGCUGCUGCCUGGCCAUUUUCCUUUGGCACAACAAGCGUUGAGAAAGGACCUCAGCUUGAUGUGCUAUAUACUUGCCUUAUAGCUAAAAUGUAAUAAAAUCGAGCAAAGCAAAUAUUAAGUGAGCGGGAAAGUAUGCGAAAUAACUGAAUAAGCCGAAAUCAUUAACGAAUUAAAACGAGACACGCAAAGUGGGCAGGAAAAUAUACCUGCCAGUGUAUACAAAUAUCGAAAGGAGUCAAGUGUUCUUUUGGAGGAGCUGUUCGCUGGCAUGCUUUGAGGUUAAUACCACCCACCCGUCAGCCAUCCCCUCCUCCCCCUCAUCUCCGCCUUGGCCAAUUUCUCCGUCUGCUUUCGCCGCUUUCUUUCUGCCGUCACCAUCAGAAGGCAUCGAAGCAAUGGUUGCCUCAUUAGCGACUUAGCAGAAUGGCGUAAAGGAAACCGAAACCGAAAACCACGAAAAAAAGAAAAGGAUACGCUGAAAGGGAUUGAGACCAGCCGCCGCUGAAAAGGCGGAGAGCUCAUAAAAAAGGACAAAGAAAUUGUAUACUCACCGCGAAUUUCGGGCAUAAUGAGUUCGCUCUUGCGCCCCUAGAAGCCGAGCACCUCAAAUGCAAAUUGAUAUUAGGCCGCCAAUCAUAAUCAGCAGCGAAAUUAAUUAGACACGGCAGCCAGUCAACAAUAAGCCAGCAGCAGCCAUGGCCUCACCGCCGGAAAGUCCCAUCGAGGAGGUGGUCUACGAGUUGGAACACACACGAGUGCCUAAGCCCAUUCCCGUUGCCCUCGAGGACCUGUGCCGGCAGACCAAGUUCACCAAGCAGGAGAUCCGGGUCAUGUACAGAGGAUUCAAAACGGAAUGUCCCGAGGGCGUGGUGCACGAGGAUUGUUUUAAGGAUAUUUACGCCAAAUUCUUUCCACAUGGCAAUUCGAGCUUAUACGCUCAUUAUGUGUUCAAAGCGUUCGAUGUUAAUUGCAAUGGCGCCAUUAGUUUUCGGGAUUUACUGGUCACCUUGUCGACCCUGCUGAGGGGCUCGGUUUACGAGCGACUGCGCUGGACCUUCAAGUUGUACGACCUCAACGGCGAUGGCAGGAUCAGUCGCGGCGAACUGAGCGAAAUCAUCUUGGCCAUUCACGAGCUUAUGGGUAGGAGACCACAUCAGCCUGAGGACGAUCGCAAGGCGAGGGAUCAGGUCGAUCGUGUGUUCCGCAAACUGGACUUGAAUCAGGACGGCAUCAUAACGAUAGAGGAGUUUUUGGAGGCCUGCCUGAAGGACGACUUGGUAACGCGGUCGCUGCAAAUGUUCGACAACGACCUUUGAUGACAAGAGGGCGAGCUUGAGCCGGGGCUGCGCACUUCCAGGACUAUAAUAUCCCUUAUAGAUCUCUAAAUGCAAUAGGCAACGCAAGGAAAUUGACAGCCGCAUUAAAAAAACAAAAAUAUUAAAAAAAAGCCGAGGGAGAUCCCAGCACAAGCAUGCAAAAACACCAGUGAAAUUGAUGGAAAACGAGGAAAUGAAACAUAUUAGUAAUUAACAUUAGUUUAGGCAAAAUAUCGAAGGAAGAAAUCUUUAAACUUUAUGAGUGUGUUAUUAUAUAACUAACGACGAGGUCGACGAAGAUUAUGAAGAAUAUGUAAUUUUUUGAGCAUAUUAUGAAUUUAAUCCUGCCGUCAAAAGCGAAUUGGUCUUAUAUAUGUAUUUACUAUAUAAAUAUGUAUAUGUACGAUAACUGUAUGUGUAAAUGAAUUUAAUUUCGAGAACAAAACUAAACAAAACCACCAAACCAAAGUUUGAUUCAGGAAUGGAAUUGGUAAACCGACAACAAGAGAAACCGAGCUCUCAACACGAUUUACUUUACUAUGAAUACGCAUAAAGAGUAAUAGAGUACUAAAAUAUAAAUUUACACUUAGCUAAAGGGGAUAUUACCAAGAAGAACUAUCUUGAAUGAGUUUUUAUAUUGAGAAUUUUCCGUUUUCGUUGUUUCCGCAAGCUCUACUAUGACUUUAAAAUAUUUCAGCCACUUUCUCCACUGUCAAUUAAAGCUUUAAACACAGGAUAACAAAUAUUAAGUUAAUUCAGACUGUGGAAUGUUCUAUAAAAGCCAUUUUGAAUGUGUGUGCUUAUUUGCUUUGGAUCAACUAAUUGAAUUUACAAUUUGUCUCAAUAAAUCGGUUUGAACAGGCAAAAAAUAGAUACUAUAUAAACACAUGAAUAAGUAAUGUAUGGGUUUUGUGUGCCCAACCAACCACCGAUAUAUAAAAAUAGCACUUGACAAUUACGGAUUAUUUAAUAUUUAUACAAGGCCGUGUUGAUUUUGAAUGUUAACUGCAGCUCACAACAUGACUCCUCAAUUGAAUUACAUUUUCAUUAAAUUACACUCGCCAGGAGAUAUAUUUACACACAAACAAGCGUAGGUUUUUCACAUCGUCCCCAUGAUAUCUUUUAUCAUCCCCCAAAAAACCUAUAGAGGGGGGAGCUUCAGGAACGGACGACAAAAGUUGUGCAGCGAAGUGAAAAUGUAACAUAAUAAUGGAAAAGAUAGCAUUUUUAUAAAAACCCAUACACGACAUUGAAUGCUUAAUUGUGCAUCGACAAGACAAGACAAUCAAUGUGGUUUGAUAUUUCCUAUUUCCUCUUUAGUUGUACACAUUGUUCUUCCAUUGUUGCUUCGAACAAAAAUACAUAUUUCUGUAUGGAAAACAAAAAAACAAAGCCUUAAGCGAUGCACUUUAAGAAAUGGAAUCAGUGGUAUAUUGACAUCAGAAGCUCUUUGUUUAAUCAUUCAACCUAGCAAGUGUGUCGUUUAAAAUGUGUAAUAGAACCGUAUAAAACCUAAUUGUUGGGUUUCACAACUAUGCCAACAGUAUUUGUUAAAUUAAGAGGCUUAAUAAAGAUUCUGCCAUAAUUUAAUUUCGGUUGAAUCGAAGCUUUGUUAACUAUAAAAACAUUCUUAAAGCAUUCUUCCACCAUCUCUCAAACAGGGUUCCGAAACUGGAAUAUUACCAUCAGUAAAAACAAAUAACUCCCAUCAAACGGCAAAGCCAUCUUAUGCGAUUCCAUCAUCAAGUAAUCUUAGCAUUAGUAAAUGUGUUGAACAAGAAUAUUUUGUUGAAUGAACCUAAUCUAUGCGACCUACUCGGUAAACCACCCACAAUUUCUAACUCUUAAGAAACGAUCUAUGCAAUAUGAACGUACACUGUCCAAAAAAGAAAAAGAGAAAUACCGAAAGGCAACUAAUUGAUAUUAACCUAUCACCCGAAUUGAGGAAGCUAAGUGUCUAACUAGUCAACAUAAUAAAUAAUGAAAUUGAAACGCUUAUACCUAAUGUUAAAACUAAAAACUAAACAUAUUUAUUUAACCAGCCGAAUUGGAGGAUAAUGUUACGACAUCGGUUCUAGCUGCUAAAUGUCUUGGAGGAUUCGAACCAGAAUGCUAUGUUACUAGCUGGGUGGAUGGGCAUAGAAAUCGAUAGCUUAGUCGGUUUCCGGUACCAGAACUUAAUAUGUGUAACUAACGUGUAGUAGCUAAUUUUUAGCUUUACCUUACGACUACGUUUAAUUCGUAUUUAGUUGAAGCUAAAUUUAAUCCGAAUGUACCUAUAGUAAAUGUAAAUUAUGAUAAUAAUUUUUCAGCCUAAGCGAUUUGUAAAGGAAAGCCCAGAUGUUUUUGUUUUCGCCAGAACAUCGUGGAAUCUAAAUCUCUAAGUUAACUAAUUGAUGAUUUACGCUAUAAUACAAACACGAAAGGAAACUUAACAGGAGGAAACGUGGUUAGUGACUUGGAUUGUUUAUAAGUAAAUGAUAGGAAAACCCUCUGAGCGUUUAUUGAAAAAUAAUACCAAAACAAUAACUAAACUAUAAUAAAACAUGACAAAUCCAUCUAAGUGUAAAUUAAAUUAAUUUAAUUGUCUAAAAAACCCGAUAACUUCUUUUAGCAUUCAUUACUCCAACCAAUUUUAGAAAAAUCUGAACUAUUUGUUGUCAAGUUUCCAAAUAAAUGUUUAACUUUGCUAAAACUUAAAUACGAGAAAAUGAGAGUUAACCUUCAGGUAAAUACCGUCGGUUAAAAAACCUAAUCAUUCAUUUAAUUUACGUUGUACCUAUUUUUAGUCUGAUAAAAAAUAAAAUAGUAUAAAGCAGACAAAAAUAAAACAGUUCUUAUGCCACUUUGAAUAAUUUAAAUAAGAAUUAAGAGAACCUAAUUGAAGUCAUGCCCAACAACAAAAUGGGUAACGAGUAAAACAGAUAAACAUUUUAAUAAAAAUAACACUUUAA